CAAAAUUCGAAAAACGACCCAACAACUCUCUCUCUCUCUCUCUCUCACCGCACACUCUGGAGUCUGGACCCUGAGUAGCGCUCUUGCUGAGUGAAUGAUUGACGGCUUCGAGAAAGGCUCGAGUACGGGGGUAAUAAUAAUAUGAUAUGCGCGUUGCCGUUGCAGCCUGAAAUCGGUUCCAUUUGCCGAACUCUGCUGGGAUAUCUAGAUCUCUCCGUUUCCAGGGCCAUGGCCUGCUUCUUCGACUGCUUCCGCGUCAAGGACGACGGCCUCGGCAGCGCCGGUCACCAGAAUCCUCAACUCGUCUCCCCGGCGCGUUCUGCUCGACCGACUGAAGCCAUGGCGUCUAAGAACCGUUUAUCAGCAUUGUUCUUGUCCGAAGAGGAAGAAGAUUCUCCAGCUACUAGUGGUAACAAGGGAAAUCUAUCUUGGGUAUCUCCCCAGACUCAGAAAGAGCUAAGGGACGAGGCAAGAUUUCUUAAAGCUUGUGGUACUUUGCCCGAGACUCCUGUUGAAUUCCGGAAAGCAUCUGAGAAGCUCAAAAGUUCACCUCCUGUUGAUGAUAGUUCUGAUCAGUCAGAGUUCCAUUCAUGGCUGCCUAAUACAUCCAACAAGAAACUUUUGGCCGACAUGCCGACUGAUGAGUCCUCUACUCCUAUUAAGAGUUGUGAAGAGUUGGCAAGAUGCUCAAUUUCUUCAGAUCAAGCACCCAGCAGCUGCAUCUCCCAUGCACAGAAUGGUGCAAGGAACUCUUCUGUAGACAACAGUGGAGGAGCAAGCGUGAAAACGGUGAUGAAACUUCAUGAGCAAGAGACUGACGAUGCAUCUUCAGCUUCUCCUUUUCCUUCAGCCACCAAUACUCAGCUAAGGAAUAAGUCUGUCCGAUUCGAAUGUGAUUUUGAUACUGCCUCAUCUAAAGGGUCUUCUUCAUCUGGAAGCGGUGGCCAAAUUAUAAAGGACUUGGAACGUUUUGGAGAUGUGAGUGUAACUAAGCCUUCCACCAGGCCAACCCCACUAAAACUUUCCAGUGAGAUGCAAACACCGGGAACUGUCUACCCAACGAAUGCAGCGACUUCAGGAUAUGGAAAGGCUAGGGUCAGGUCCCAAUAUGUUUGUUCAGUCUUGCAGCCUGUUGAAAAUGUUUCCCAGUGGCAGGAAUUGAAAGAAGACCAUGCGAACUAUCAGCUGUGGGAAUCUGUUGAGCAGUCUGAAAGUGCAACCCCCAGCAGAGAAGCAGGAGUUGGAGCAACUUCUCCUUCAAAAGAUCUGAAGUUGGAAGCAAGCCUGUCAACUUGGCUGAAGCCGGUGUCGCAGACAUUCAAUCAGAAAGGCGAUAGUCUUGAUGCGGGAACAGUUGUAAGCAAAAAGUUCCACAUCCGGGAAACUCCUGGAGACAGACCAAUCAUCGGGAUGGUUGCUGCUCACUGGAAUGAGGAAGAGCCUACUGAAAUUUCCCCAAAGUGGUGGGAUGGGAAUGGCAUCCCAAAUUCAACUAAUAAAUACAAGGAGGAGCACUAUCCAAGGAAUGCCUUCUUUGUUACGCAGGAUCAAAAGGUCAGCUGGCAUGCAACGCCAUUUGAAGAGAGGUUGGAGAAAGCAUUAUCUGAAGAGAGCUUGGUUGCACAAAAAAAGCCUGUAAUCGGUGGUUCGCCAUUAGCUUUUGACGAGUGCGAGGAAAGCGAUACUGCCUUCUCGCAGUUGCCAGCGACAUCAAAUUCAAAGUCGGUUGUUUCAUACUAGUAUGAGACCAAUUCGUCUCUUUGGAUGUCAUUUCGCGCCCACAGUUGAUAUUUUCUGCUGCCAAUCGAGUCUUUUUAACACCUGAAAAGUUGACAGUAUCAACAGCCAGUAGUGGUAUAUUGUGGCUUUCAUGCGGACGUGUCGGAACUGUCCCGGAAAUGUUUCUCUGUCAAUCAGUACAGUAGCUGUAGCAGCUGGAGAAGUUGCGUUACAGUGUUCACCGGUUUGUGGGUUUCAAUUUUUCGUUUGGUGCUUGUUUGAGUUCUUCAUAACUCUAAAUGUUACAGUGUUCAUUCAACGGAUAUUGCGACUCCAUUGGCCUAGUUUCCCCGCAUUUUGAAUCUUCCAGUGUUUUUUCAUCUUUACGCAAUAUUCGAAUAACAGACGUUUCAGCACAUC